CCAUUUAUCUCCUCCAUCAUAUUCUGAUUUUGCUUUCUUCUCCGAGACUGGUUUAGAAUCUCGAAUUGCUGCCUCUCUCGGUGGUGAAGACAAUGGGGUCAGACGAGGAAGAUUUCGUGUUUCAUGGGACACCAAUAGAGCGCGAAGAAGAAAUCGGGAGUCGGAAGAAGAAAGCAGUCGCUGGGGCUUCAGGCAAUCUAAGAACUCUCCCUGCUUGGAAGCAAGAGGUGACUGAUGAAGAAGGCCGGAGAAGGUUCCAUGGAGCAUUUACUGGUGGAUAUUCUGCUGGGUAUUACAAUACAGUGGGAUCAAAAGAGGGCUGGGCUCCACAGUCAUUUACAUCUUCAAGGAAGAACAGAGCUGGAGCGAGAAAGCAAAGUAUCUCAGACUUUCUAGAUGAAGAUGAAAAGGCUGAUAUGGAGGGCAAGUCACUGUCUGCGAGCUCACAAUUUGACACAUUUGGGUUUACGGCAGCUGAACAUUCCCGAAAGCAAGCUGAGAAAGAACAGCAUGAGAGGCCAUCAGCCAUUCCUGGCCCAGUUCCUGACGAACUUGUUGCUCCAGUUUCAGAGUCAAUUGGGGUCAAACUUUUGCUAAAGAUGGGAUGGCGGCGUGGUCAUUCAAUAAAGGAUGUGCGUGCCAGUUCAGAUGCUCGUAGAGAAGCUAGAAAAGCAUUCUUAGCCUUCUCUACUGAUGAGAAUACAAAGGAAACUCCCGACUCACUGGUUUCGGAGACUGAAGUGGAAACUUCUCUGGGUCCACAGUUUAGUGAAGAUAUUAAACUUUCUGAAAGCACUCCUGUAUAUGUUCUCAAUCCAAAGCAAGAUCUGCAUGGAUUAGGAUAUGAUCCUUUUAAGCAUGCUCCUGAAUUUAGAGAAAAGAAAAGAUCUCGCUUGUCUGCCAAUAAGGAGGUUGGCUUCAGAAAACCUUUAUCAAUGAAGGAAAGUCUUUUUGGACCCAAAUCAGGAAAGAUUGCUCCGGGAUUUGGCAUUGGAGCACUUGAGGAACUUGAUGUUGAGGAUGAAGAUGUCUAUGCUGGUUACGAUUUUGAUCAGACUUAUGUCAUAGAAGAUGAACAGCCAGCUAGACCGAGCAAUGACAAUAGACUGAGGUUAACCUCAAAAGAGCAUGACGUUCUGCCAGGUUUUGGAGCUGCUAAGAAUUCUGACUACAGUAUGGAGAGAUUUAAUCCUCCGAAUAUCCCCAAGGAUUUUGUGGCGCGGCAUAAAUUUUCUGGUCCUCUUGAGGCUGAAACUAAGCCAACUGUUUCUGCUCCUCCAGAUGUUCCGCCCCCUGCAGAUAAUAAUCUGAAACUUUUGAUCGAAGGGUUUGCAACUUUUGUUUCCCGUUGCGGGAAACUAUAUGAGGAUCUUUCUAGAGAGAAGAACCAAUCAAAUCAGCUGUUUGAUUUUCUUCGGGGAGGUAACGGUCAUGACUACUACAGAAGAAGGCUGUGGGAGGAGCAGCAAAAGCGCAGUGAUCAAAGUAAGCUGACAUUAGAUGUUAAGCAGUCUCCAACCGUACCGAAAAUGACUGCAGAAACACGUGGCAGCUUAUUAGGGGAAAAGCCACUUCAGAGAAGUUUGAAAGAAACCGAUACUUCUGCUUCUUCUGGAGGCUCCUUCCAGUUCCCGACCAAUCUCUCUGACACAUUCACCAAAUCAGCUUCAUCUCAAGAGGCAGCAGAUGCUGUGAAGCCCUUCAAAGAUGAUCCGGCUAAACAAGAAAGAUUUGAGCAGUUUUUCAAGGAGAAAUACAAAGGAGGGUUACGUACAACAGACUCCAACAGAGUUAACAGCAUGUCGGAAUCAGCUCGUGCUCAAGAGAGGCUGGACUUUGAGGCUGCAGCUGAGGCAAUUGAGAAAGGGAAAGCUUACAAGGAGGUUAGACGGGCUACUGAACAGCCUAUCGACUUCCUUGCAGGAGGGCUGCAGUUUACUUCUGGUGGAACAGAGCAAAUUAAAGACACUGGCGUGGUAGACAUGAAAUCGAGUAAGACGUAUCCUAAAAGGGAAGAGUUCCAAUGGCGUCCUUCACCUCUUUUGUGCAAGCGUUUUGAUCUUCCUGAUCCGUUCAUGGGAAAGCUGCCACCUGCUCCGCGAGCGAGAAACAAGAUGGAUUCUCUCAUAUUCUUGCCAGAUACAGUGAAAGCUGCAUGUACACGUCAAGUAUCUGAGUCGCAAGAACCUAAGACAGAGACAUCAAUAGAAGAGCCUGAAGUUGAGGUAGAAGUGGAGAAUGUGGAGAGGCCUGUUGAUCUUUACAAGGCCAUCUUCUCUGAUGAUUCUGAAGAUGAUGAAGAUCAACCAAUAAAUGGAAAGAUACAAGAGGGUCAAGAAAAGAAGAAUGAAGCGGCUGCAACCACAUUAAACCGUCUAAUAGCUGGUGACUUUCUUGAAUCUCUAGGGAAAGAACUAGGGUUCGAAGUACCUUCUGAUGUCCCAUACCAGGAAGGAAUCAAGCCAAUGGAAGAAGAGAGCAAGUCCAGAAGCAAACCGGAAGACUCUUCGGAUAAAAGACGUGAUCGAUCGGGACUGAAAGAGAAAGUGGAGGAGAAGAGAAGCAGCCUCAUACUUGGGUCUGAAGAAGAAAAGAGUAGAAAAAAAAGAGAGAAAUCGCCAAGAAAAGGAAGUGGUGGCAACAAUCUAUCAUCGGGUGAAUUCUCAGGAGAUGAACGGAGGAGAAAACGAUCUAAUAAGAAGGAUAGACCCAUUGAUUCAGAGAGCGAUUCAUCCAGCGACUACCACAGCAGGGAUAAGCAAGGAUCAAGAUCAAGAAGAAAGCGAAGAGAAUCUUCUAGAGAGAAGAGAAGUAGCCACAAGAAACACUCAAAGCAUCACAGGACCAAGAAGUCAUCUUCUUCUCGGUAUAGCUCAGACGAAGAACAAAAAGAGUCAAGGCGGGAGAAGAAGAGGCGACGAGACUGAAACCUAAUCAGAGCUGUUGACUCAUUAAACUCGGGAGAUAUCAGAGCACUUGCAUAGAUUUUUGUAUGAACAUUGAAACAACGUAGUUUCGAGGUACGCAAUGAAUGAUUCUCUGCACUGUCUCGAGAUGGACACAGGUUAGAUAGCAAAUGAUGAGCUUGUUGUUGGGUUCAUUGUCUCCUAUGAGGUAGAGAGCGAUAUAGUCCUUUACUUUAUUUAUAUUGGUAAAAUAAUUAGAUUAUGCGUUUGAAUUAAAAUUUUUUUUUGCAAAA